GACUUAUCAUUUUGUGAUAAAAUCGUGAAAAAUGUUGUCCCUGUCGAGAAGAUUAAUUUCUAAUAAUUUAAUUCGAAUCAAUUUAAAUCGGGGACUCGCGAAUUUUAAUAAUUUAAUUAUUAGUGACGAGGUUAAGUGUGCUUUAAAUGAAGACAAGCCCCUGGUGGCCCUAGAAUCGACAAUCAUCACUCAUGGGAUGCCCUAUCCACAAAACGUAAAGUGUGCUUUAGAGGUGGAAGCAGUCGUAAGAAACCAGGGUGGCAUUCCCGCAACUGUGGCAAUUAUAAACGGCCAAGUCAGAGUGGGACUAACCGAGGGUGAAAUUACGGCUCUCGGUGACGUCUCGACUAGCCAACCGAUCAAAACAUCCCGGCGUGAUAUGUGUUACGUUGUCAGCACUCGCCGGAACGGGGGAACCACAGUAUCGGGGACUUUACUCGUGGCUAGCAAAAUCGGAAUCCCGAUUUUCGCAACUGGGGGUAUCGGGGGGGUUCACAGAGGUGGCGAGAGGACGUUCGACGUCUCGGCGGAUUUAAUCGAACUUGGCCGAAGCGGCGUUGCUGUCGUUUCGAGUGGAGUCAAGUCUAUUCUCGACAUUCCCAAAACAUUGGAAUUUCUCGAAACCCAAGGGGUGUUUGUUGCGACAUUCGGGGGCGGAAAGGAUUUCCCUGCUUUCUACAGCAGGAGAAGUGGUUGUUUUGCUCCUUAUUGUGUGGAAGAUGUGCGAGAUGCUGCGGAGAUAAUUCAUCGAAAUCGCGGCUUAGAUUUACAGUCGGGGAUGCUUUUUGCGGUACCUGUCCCGGAAAAAUUCGCCCUGGAUGAGAAUGUUAUAAAUGAUGUUAUAGAAGAGGCCUUAAAGGAUGCCACAAAGAGGGGGAUUGAGGGAAAGGAGAUAACUCCGUUUUUGUUGGGGAGGAUCGGGGAAAUCACCGACGGGAAGUCGCUAGACACCAAUAUUGCCCUAAUUAAAAAUAAUGCAAAAACUGCCUCUCUCAUCGCCGUCGAACUCUCCAAGCUGAAGAAAAGGACGCCCGAUUCGUCCUUCCGGAGCAAGAAGGACGCCAGCAAGGACUCGACUCCGGUUGUGAUAGGGGGUUCGAAUUUGGAUGUUUCGGUUAAGGUGGACGCUGAAGAAAUCAAAUUGGACGGCCGGAUCCACUUUGGAAAAUCGGUGAUGAGUGGCGGAGGAGUGGCCAGAAAUAUUUGCGAGUCCCUUUCGAAACUGGGGUACCGGUCCGUCUUCAUAUCGGUCCUGGGCGACGACCCACAAGGGAACAUCCUGAAGAAUUUCAUCCCGAAGGAUCACCUGGCAGGGGUGAAGGUAUUGCAAGGGCGCAGCACGGGUCAGUGUACCAUCGUCCUGGACCGGAACGGCGAAUGCAAAUUCCUGGCAGGCGAUAUGGAAAUUCAUCAGCACCUAACACCGGAAAUGAUUUUAGAAAAUCAAGAAGCCAUCAAAAAAGCACCUUUAAUAAUUUUUGACGCCAAUCUAAGUCUACCGACGAUUGAGACAAUUUUAGGAUUAGCACAGAGCCAUAAUAUACCAGGAGACAUCUGCGGGCCCAGCUCCUGUUGCUCGAUAAAAUCCGAGCUGGAGAUGCGGAAAACGAGCGAAUCCUUGCACCACUUCACGAUGAGCCAGAUCUUCGGUUUGUCGUCGGUCGUCGACACACGGGCCCGGAAAUUCGACGGACUUUUCCGCUCCCUGAUGAACGCCUCCAAGCUGCAGUUCCACGACAUGUUCCAACGGACGUACGGCAAGAUCUACUUGCAAAACUCGGACGUUUUUAGCAAUUUUUUCGACAAACUGGAGACGUACUAUAACCGGGGCGCGAGCCGCCUCUCCGACACCCUGGACGCCUUCUUCGUAAUUCUCUAUCAGAGGAUGUUCACCGUCAUCAACAACCAAUACCAGUUCGACGAGAAAUAUUUGGACUGCAUUUCCGAUCACAUGGCCGACGUCAAGCCCUUCGGGGACGCCCCCCGGAAGUUCACCCUGGAGCUGAAAAGGUCGUUCGUGGCCACGAGGGCCUACUUCAUGGCCCUUGCGACCGCCGCCUCCGCUGCGAAGAAGCUUCAAAGUGUGGCGAUUGACAGGGAGUGCGAGAGGGACUUGGUGAAUAUGCUUUAUUGCGGCAGUUGUAAUGGGAUGAGGGGCUUGGGGCCCUGCUCGGACUAUUGUACGGCCGUCGUGGGGUCGUGUUUGAGGCAUCACACGGCUUUUAGCUCCGAUUGGGAUAAUUUUAUAGACGCACUCGAUAAGGUCGCUGAUCGGUUACUCGGACCUUACAACAUUGAACUAGUCGUCGAACCGCUCAACGUAAAAAUCUCCGAAGCAAUAAUGAACUUUCAAGAAUCCGGGACCGAAGUCAGUCAGAAAAUUUUCAAGAUGUGUGGUCAGCCGACCCUCGAUAGAAAACGAAGAGAAGCGAAUUAUAAAGACAGUUUGGAGGACAAUCCCAACUAUGAGAUUAAAAGAUACCCCCCGUUGAAGCGCAUACACGGCAGUAAGAAAAAGAAAACCAAGUUUUCCUACAUGAAUGGGAACGAAACUCCGCUCGAGAAACUCGUCAGGGAAAUCAAAUUGAAAUUGGCCGACACGCGCCAGUUUUGGGCCCACCUGCCCUACCAGUACUGCAACAGCAUCUCGGCCCCCCUCAGUUCGGGGCAGUGCUGGAACGGCGUCUCCGUCGGCGAAUACACCGGGAACGUGACGCGGCCGCCGCUGCUGCUCUCCACUGUGGUGAAGGACCAGAUUUACCACCUGCAGGUGUACACCGACACGCUCCGGAAGGCGUACCACGGCGAGGAGGUGGAGCUUGUGGACGACUCGGACGAUCUCCUGGACGGGAGCGGCUCCGGGUCGGGCGAUUUCGAGAUCGCCGCCCCCGACUACGCGCCCAAGGCGGAGGACAUCGUCCCGAAAGUGGCGGAGGAGGCGCCGCCCCCGAGUACGGCGGGGCCGGAAGUGACACGGCCGUACUCGGGGACGGCAAAGAUGUCGCUGUCCAAAGCCCUGGCGCAGUUUCUACUGCCGAUAGUGCUUGUCUGGUUCGGAGGUGCCAUAUCGGACUUACUGUGAUAAGUUAUUGUAAAUAAAGUGAAGUCAUUAGGGACCCGAGACUUUUUGUGUACAUGUUUUGUAACAUUUCCCAUGUAAUGUGAACUUUAGAUGUAUUUAUAUUAACAAAGAAAAAUAUACAAAAUACAUUUUUAAA